AUGUUCAUUAACCGUUGAUUCUAUUCAACAAAUCAUAAAGACAUCGGAACUCUUUAUCUCUUAUUUGGAGCUUGAGCCGGAAUAGUAGGAACAGCCCUUAGCCUUCUCAUCCGCGCAGAGCUCGGCCAACCAGGAGCUCUAUUAGGUGAUGAUCAAAUUUAUAACGUAAUUGUAACUGCCCACGCAUUUGUCAUAAUCUUCUUUAUGGUCAUGCCAAUUAUGAUUGGAGGAUUUGGUAACUGACUAGUUCCGUUAAUAAUUGGAGCCCCAGACAUGGCCUUUCCACGAAUAAAUAAUAUAAGUUUUUGACUUUUACCGCCAUCUUUCCUGCUCCUUCUCGCCUCUUCAAUAGUAGAAGCGGGCGCAGGUACUGGGUGAACGGUAUAUCCCCCUUUAGCAGGAAAUUUAGCCCACGCAGGAGCAUCAGUAGAUCUAACUAUUUUUUCUUUACACUUGGCCGGAGUUUCAUCAAUCUUAGGUGCUAUUAAUUUUAUUACUACAGUAGUUAAUAUAAAACCCCCAGCCAUAUCACAAUAUCAAACUCCCCUAUUUGUCUGAUCAGUAGUAAUCACCGCUGUGCUUCUACUUUUAUCUUUACCAGUUUUGGCAGCAGGAAUUACCAUGCUUUUAACUGAUCGAAAUCUCAAUACUACUUUCUUUGAUCCUGCGGGAGGAGGUGACCCCAUCUUAUAUCAACAUUUAUUCUGAUUCUUUGGACAUCCUGAAGUAUAUAUCUUGAUUCUUCCAGGCUUCGGUAUAAUUUCCCAUAUCGUCACUUACUACUCAGGUAAAAAAGAACCAUUUGGAUAUAUAGGCAUAGUCUGAGCCAUAAUAUCUAUUGGAUUCCUAGGAUUUAUUGUAUGAGCCCACCACAUAUUUACUGUAGGAAUAGAUGUUGAUACCCGUGCAUAUUUUACAUCAGCCACUAUAAUUAUUGCAAUUCCUACUGGUGUAAAAGUUUUUAGCUGACUAGCUACUCUGCAUGGAGGUAACAUUAAAUGAUCACCCGCUAUAUUAUGAGCAUUAGGGUUUAUUUUUCUUUUCACAGUAGGGGGCUUAACAGGAAUUGUACUCGCUAAUUCAUCACUAGAUAUUGUACUUCACGAUACUUACUAUGUGGUAGCUCACUUCCAUUAUGUACUAUCAAUAGGAGCGGUAUUCGCUAUUAUAGGAGGCUUCGUGCACUGAUUCCCCCUAUUUUCAGGCUACACUCUAGAUGACUCCUGAGCCAAAAUUCACUUCGCAAUUAUAUUCGUAGGCGUAAACAUAACCUUCUUCCCCCAACAUUUUUUAGGUUUAGCAGGAAUACCUCGACGUUACUCUGACUACCCCGAUGCAUACACUAUAUGAAAUACAGUUUCAUCCAUUGGCUCUUUCAUCUCCCUAACAGCAGUAAUACUAAUAAUCUUUAUAAUCUGAGAAGCUUUUUCAUCGAAACGUGAAGUUUAUAUAGUAGACUCAACUUCAACAAACCUAGAAUGACUUCAUGGCUGUCCUCCGCCUUAUCAUACAUUUGAAGAGCCUGCCUAUGUAAAAGCUUAA